AUGAAAAUGGCGUCGCUUACUCUCCGAUGCGGCUUGGCGCAUCUUCUUCCUUGGCGUGAUGUUGAGAGAACAAAGCCAUUUAGAAGGACCCCUAGGAUCGUAUCAAAUAGGUUCAAUGUUAGAGUUGGAGUGAUAUCUGAGAAAGGGGAUGUCUUCUCUUCCUCUAAGAGUAAUGGAUCAAUGGGGAUCGAGUUGCAGCCGGAUUUGGUUUCGUUUGGAACAUUAGAAGCAGAAAUGAUUCCCACAACAAUGGUUGAAGAUGAAGAGUUUGAUCUUGAUCGGCCAACCGAUGGAUUUGCCUCUAUUCCACAAGCUAUUGAGGAUAUUAGACAGGGCAAGUUGGUAAUUGUUGUAGAUGAUGAGGACAGAGAAAACGAAGGAGAUUUGAUAAUGGCGGCAUCGUUGGUACACCCGGAAGCUAUGGCUUUUGUGGUAAAACAUGGGACAGGAAUCGUGUGUGUGAGCAUGAAAGGCCAAGACUUGGGAAGGUUAGAGCUUCCUUUAAUGGUGAUACGAAAGGAGAACGAGGAAAAACUUGGCACGGCCUUCACGGUUUCAGUGGACGCGAAAAAAGGAACAUCGACAGGUGUCUCAGCUCGUGACAGGGCACAAACAAUAUUAGCCCUUGCAUCAAAAGAUUCAAAGCCUGAAGAUUUCAAUCGUCCUGGUCAUAUAUUUCCCUUGAGAUACAGAGAAGGCGGUGUUCUUAAAAGAGCAGGGCAUACAGAAGCUUCUGUUGACUUGACUGUGUUAGCCGGUUUAGAACCAGUAUCGGUUUUAUGUGAGAUUGUAGAUGAUGAUGGUUCUAUGGCUAGAUUACCAAGACUCCGCCAAUUCGCUCAAGAGAACAACUUGAAAAUAGUUUCAAUCGCUGAUUUAAUUAGAUACCGAAGGAAAAGAGAGAGACUGGUGGAGUUUACUGCGGUUGCGCCCAUACCGACAAUGUGGGGACCAUUCAAAGCAUAUUGCUUUAAGUCACUGCUUGAUGGAGUUGAGCACAUUGCAAUGGUCAAGGGAGAAAUCGGAGAUGGGAAGGAUAUUCUGGUGAGAGUACACGCAGAGUGUCUCACAGAUGAUAUAUUCGGAAAUAGCUCUGGUGGAAAACAAUUAGCGAUUGCUAUGAGACAGAUUGAAGAAACUGGGAGAGGCGUUUUUGUCUACUUACGUGGUCCUGAAGCUAAAGGCAUUGACCUAAGCCACAAGCCUCGUACUUACAAGAACACAUCAGAUAAAACCGAGGCUGUUUCUUUCCCCGUUGCUUCACGAGAAUACGGCAUUGGAGCACAAAUUCUAAGAGAUCUUGGAGUUAGAACAAUGAAGGUGAUGACGAAUAAUCCAGCAAAUUACGUUGGUCUUAAAGGCUAUGGUUUAUCAAUCUCUGGUAAGGUUCCACUCAUUACUCCUACUUCCUAA